GGUGCUGGGUCGUACUGGGAUGUACUGGGCCAUACUGGGCUGUGCUGGGCUGUGCUGGGCCAGACAGGGCUGGACUGGGCGGUGCUGGGGCUGUAUUGGCUUGUACUGGGCUUUACCGGGUUGUGUUGUCCUGUACUGGGAUGUACUGGGUCAUACUGGUUUGUGCUGGGCUAUACUGGGUCAUACUGGUCUGUGCUGUCAUGCAGCGGCCUGUACUGGGCCAUACUGGGCUGCACUGGGCCCAGCUGCCCUGUAGUAGCCUGGCCUGGGCCUUGCUGGACUGUACUGGGCCAUACUGGGCUGGGCUGUCCUGGGUCUGUAUUUGGUCUAUAUUGGUACGUACUGGUCUGUACUGGGCUGUGACAUAUCUGUGGUAGCGUGUAUUGGGCCACACUGGGCUGUGCUGGGCUGUACUGGGAUUUACUGCUCUGUACUGGGCCACACUGGGCUGUUGGGCUGUACUGGGUUGUACUGGGCUAUACUGGGAUGUACUGGGCCUGUACUGGGAUAUGCUGAGUCUUACUGGAUCAUGCUGGACCAUACCGGUCUGGACUGGGUCUGGACUCGGCUGUGCUGCCCCGUACUGGUCUGUACUGGUCCAUACUUGGCUGUGAACUCCUGUGCUCGUCCAUACUGGGCCGUGCUGGGUUCUAUGGGGCCACACUGGAAUGUGCUGGAUCAGACUGGGCUGUACUGGGUCAUGCAGGGCCAUCCUUGGCCAUACUGGGCUGUGAUGGCCUCUACUGGUUUCUACUGGGCUGUACUGGUUUGUACUGGUCCAUGCUGGGCUGUGCAGCUUGUACAGGCUCCCACUGGGCUACACUGGGUUCUACUGGGCCAUACUGGGCUAUGCUGGGCCUCAUUAGACCCAUGGAUGGGUCAUGGAUGCUCUGGGAUAUGAGCAGGGGAUACUGGUCUGGACUGGGCUGAACUGGGCAAUACUGGUGGGGUGUGUGGAGCCGUACCAGGCCAUACUGGGCUGUGUGCUGCUGUACUGGUCUGUACUGGUGGAUAGAUAUGGGUCCAUACUGGUCCGUACUGGCCCCUCCCCUGUCCCCACAGGCCCCGCGGUGACGCCCAGACGGGACCAACAUGGAGCCCUGAGAGGAGGCGCCGCCGUGGGAUGGCGAAGCUGCUGGUGCCGCUGGUGGUGCUGGGGGCGGUGGCGGGCGGGGCCCCCCCGGCCGCCCCCCGGUGCCCCCCGCGCUGCCUGUGCCCGGCGGCGGCGCCGAGCCCGACGCUGCUCUGCGCCCGCACGGGGCUGCUGGCGGUGCCGCCCAGCCUGGACCGGGGGGCCGUGGAGCUGCGCUUGGCCGACAACUUCAUCGGCGCCGUGGGCCGUGCCGACUUCGCCAACAUGAGCUCGCUGGUGCACCUGACGCUGUCGCGGAACGGGCUGCGCCGCCUGGCCCCCGGCGCCUUCGCCGACCUGCGCGCCCUGCGCGCGCUGCACCUCGACGGCAACCGGCUGCCGGCGCUCAGCGGGCCCCAGCUCCGCGGGCUGGCCAGCCUGCGCCACCUCAUCCUGGCCAACAACCAGCUGGCCACCAUCGACGCCGCCGCCUUCGCCGCCUUCGCCGCCACCGUGGAGGACCUGGACCUGUCGCACAACAACCUGCCGGCGCUGCCCUGGGACGCCGUGGCCGCCAUGGCCAGCCUGGCCACGCUCACGCUGGACCACAACCUGCUGGAGCGGGUGCCGGCGGGCGCCGUCGCGCGGCUGCCGCGGCUGGCGCGGCUCGACCUCACGGCCAACCGGCUGCGGGCGCUGCCGCCCGUGCCGGGUCCGCCGGGGCCGGCGCUGGCGGCCGGGGGGAACCCCCUGCACUGCAACUGCGAGCUGCUGUGGCUGAGGCGCGUGGCGCAGCCGGGGCGCCUGGAGACCUGCGCCACUCCGGCGCCGCUGGCCGGGCGACUGCUGGGCGCCGUGCCCGAGGAGGAGCUCACGUGCCGGGCUCCCGCCGUCACCGCCGCGGCCGCCCACCCGCCCGCCGUCACCGAGGGGCAGCCGCUGCGCCUGGGCUGCGCUGCCGUCGGACCCCCGCCCGCACUGCACUGGCUGGGCCCCGACGGGCGCGUGGUGCACAACGGCUCUCGGCGCUCCGUGGGCGCCGACGGCUCCCUGGAGCUGCGCGUGGCCACCCUGCGCGACCACGGCGGCUUCACCUGCGUGGCCGCCAACGCCGCGGGAGAGGCGGCCGCACGCGUCGACGUCGUGGUGGUGCCGCUGCCGGUGCCACGCAGGGAGCGCGAUGGAGACGACCCUGAGCUCGGGCCCGGCCCCUCUGACAUGGCCAGGGCAGGGGGCAACGAGACCUUUGGGGGGGGGGUGCCCGGGGAGCGGCGGGUGGUGGCGGCCGAGGUGACGGGGUCCUCGGCACGCAUCCGGUGGCUCCCCCAGCGCCACGUGCCCGGAGUCCGGAUGGUGCAGAUCCAGUACAACAGCUCGGCCGACGACGCCCUCGUCUACAGGCUGCUGCCCCCCUCCACCCGCACCUUCGUGCUGCGGGACUUGGCCCCGGGGCGCCUCUACGAGCUCUGCGUGUCCGCGCUGCACGUGGCCGGGGACCCCCCGCCGCCUCGCCCCCUCGGCUGCGUCUCCUUCGCCACCGCCGCCGCCCCCCCGGGCUGCGCCGCCCCCCCUCGGCCCCACUUCUUGGGGGGCACCGUCAUCAUCGUCAUCGGCGCCGCCAUCGCCGCCUCCGUGCUCGUCUUCAUCCUCAUCCUCACGGCGCGCUGGAAGGCGGCGGGGGCGCGGCGACCCCCGCCCGCGCUCACCAGCGUCUGCUCCCAGACCAACGGCGGCCCCCGGCCCGCGGAGACCUUCGAGCUGCCCCCGCUGCCCCCUCCGCCGCCCGGGCCCGGGGGGGCACUCCGGGAGAGCCCCGGGGGAGGUCCCGGGCUCGGAGGGUCCCGGGGGUUGUUCCCCAGCCACAGUUACCCCCGGCGAGCGCGCCCCCGACGCCACGGCUCCCUCCCGCGGCUGGACGCGCCCGAGGGUACCCCCCUGGGGCCCCCCCUGCGCCCCUCCUUCGGCAGCACCCACUGGAUGCUGGAGAGCACCGUGUGACGGGGAGGGGGGGCGGUUGGACCCCCGCCGGGACCAACCCCCGCCCCUCGUUCGGCAGCAGCC